AUGUCUUCCAAGUUCCUGUACCAGACAUAUACUCUUGCCAAUGGUAGUAGUAAAGUUGUCAAGGAAAGUGCCCGUGUGGUUGUUGCCAAUUGCUCACUACUCUCAAACUUUUUAGGCAAUGACAAACUCUAUGCCGAUUCGAGGGCCAUGUCGCAGAGGGCCAAAAAGCAACCCCUAGAAGAAAAUUAUCAACAAGCGGAGGAAGACGAUGUGUUCCAGGCAGCUCGCGAGAAAUCCAAGAGUGUCAAGCAGGCUGAGAAGAAACAAAACGAUAUCCUAACAAACAGCAAGAGGCCUAGAGGCCGGAAAAGUAACAUCUCUAAUAAGAGAGAAUUCGGCACCACUAGGUUCCUAGAGGAUGAAGACAACUCCAAAACCAAACCAGAGGUUAUUGGAAAGGCUGAAAAGGCAGAAUUUGAGAUGUCACAGUCAGCAGUGCCAUCUUCAAGGAUCAGCAGAUUAUUUCAUUAUGGAACAUUGGCUGCGGGAGUUGGACUUGACGUACUCCGACAAAGUGCUGAAAAUUAUGCAAAAGGCCAGAACUCCAAGUCUGUUGGAUCUAUGAUCAUGUCUCCUCGGAACAUUGAGCGCAUUGCUCGCAAAUUUAGUCGAAUGCGUGGUGCUGCGCUGAAAAUCGGACAGAUGCUUUCUUUCCAGGACGCAUCGGUGCUGCCUCCUGAAAUACAGCAGAUUCUCCUUCGUGUUCAAAAUAGCGCUCACUACAUGCCUGCGGGACAGCUGGAAAAAGUCAUCUCUUUUGAGCUUGGCGAUGGCUGGAGAAGUCGGUAUUUUGCUUCCUUUGACGAUGUCCCGAUUGCAGCAGCUUCCAUCGGACAAGUCCACCGGGCAAUCACUAAAGACACCAAUGAUAGGGUUGUGGUAAAAGUGCAAUACCCCGGAGUGGCAGACAGCAUAGACUCGGAUCUUGAUAAUAUUCUAACUCUUUUGACAGCAUCGAGACUGCUUCCACCGGGGCUUUUUCUUGAAAAAAGCGUUGCCAACGCAAGGGUUGAGCUGAAGUGGGAAUGUGAUUACCUUCGAGAGGCUCAGAAUAUUGCUCGUUUCGGUGAUUUGCUAAAGGAUGACUCUGUAUUCGUGGUUCCCAAAGUGUAUCAUGAAAUUAGUGACGAACAUGUCUUGACCAUGGAAGAAAUGAGGGGUACAGAGAUUAUGAAGAAGGAAUGGUCGCAGGAGACGAAAAACUGGAUCUCAUCAAAUAUCAUGAGACUUACGCUCACAGAGAUAGCCAAAUUUAGGUUUAUGCAAACAGAUCCCAACUGGGCCAAUUUCCUUUAUAACGAGAAGACUAACAAGAUAGAGCUUUUGGACUUCGGGGCAUGCAGAGAUUUCAAGAAGGACUUCAUUACCACGUAUCUCAACUGUUUGCGCGCCUCGGUGAAAAAGGACUAUAAUAAAGUGCAAACGUACUCUAAAGACAUGGGAUUUCUCACCGGUUUGGAAACUGACAGCAUGACCCAGGCCCAUGUUGAGUCGAUCAUUGCGCUGGGCGAACCAUUUUCUCCGGUUGACAACAAGGGAUCUGAUUAUGACUUUACCAAUCAAACAGUGACCGAUCGUGUUCGCGGAAAUAUCAAGUUGAUGUUGAAUGAACGACUAACACCACCUCCCGAAGAGACGUACAGUUUGCACAGAAAACUCAGCGGUGCCUACCUCCUUUGCGCAAGGAUGAAAGCUGUUGUUCCAUGCGAAAAGAUUUUUGAAGAAAUUGUUGGUCUAAACUACGAGUGA